AUGCCGCCAUCUCCCUUCGGACAGCUGGGCGUGUUGCCCCUGGAGCUUCGACUGGAGACUUACGAAAGACUAUUUUGGAAGCCGACACCAUCCGUGAGCAUUUUGUGCUGCUCUCGCGCGAUCUGCGAAGAGAUCACUGGCCGCCUCUAUGACACCCUUGACAUCGAACUGACACCAUCAUGGCAUAGCUCUCGGCUUGAGAUUCGCUGCAAGGCACUGCGAUUGCACUGGGAAAUACCCUACUCCACCCCUGCCAUCCGCGAUCGCUUCUCUCGACUCCCGUACCACAAGACCAAUCUCCAAAUUCACAUCUACGCACCGGAUCCGCACGACCCCGGGCAGAUCAUCCUUCUAUGGAACAAUAUCCGGAAUUUCACAAGCUUUCUCGAAGCCGCGACAAUAAAGUCGAUCACCAUUGACCUCAAGGAGCAUAAGGGAAGCGAUUGGCAGGACGCCGGUCGCGCAGUGGAGAGCAUCCCAUAUCCUGGGACCCGCCAACCCGACCACAACGUCGUCUUUCUCCCGUUUUGUCGGCUGUGCAAUGUCAAAAGCCUCCGACUAGUCCCCUCAUCCCGUCGCAUGGAUCGUGCGAUUGACUGGGGCUUCAUAAACUACGGUCGCGAUUUCAUCCUCAACAACGGAUACGAGACCUACAACGAUGGCCCCCUCAGCCGGGACCCGCACUACCGCGACGUGGUCCGCCUCUUUGACGAUCUCGACGGUACGAUCCGCGAUAUGCAGUUCUUCCUGAACACUCAGUUGGACCUUCUCCCCGGGUACACCGCGGCCCAGCUUCGCCUAUGCCGGGCCCACUGUUGGCGCCCCGUACUCUUCCCACAAGAUCCGGUCUACCGGGACUUUUUCGCAACUCUGCGCAAUUGCCCCCGGGCCAUCAAACUCCACGACCCCGGCCUGGAGAAAUUCUGCAUCCGCGACUGGCAUCACUGGAACAUCUGUCACGAAGCGGACUGGCAAUCGCCGAAGUGGCCGUGGGACGAAUGGCGUCGGCGAUAUCCGCGAGGGAUGCCCCCUCUGAGCCCGGAGACUGUCCUCGGGUACUGGCAGGCUAUCCCUAGCAGCCCAGGUCAUGGGUGGAAAAACAGAGGUGACAUUGAAAGAAACGGGGAAUACCAUUUCUGGAUGUGGAGCUACCUGCAUCGGAACUGGGGGCAACAAAGUAUCAUGCGUUUCCGGUUCUUUGAGCGCGAGUGGUGCACCGAUUGCCGCCACAUGGGCUUCCAGUCAGGCUGUGAGAAGGGCUGCGAGCGUUUGAGUCGAUUUGACUUCAGGGAGGCUUGGGAAGACUCAGAUGACGAAGGGGACUACUCAGACCCCGAGCUUGUGCUUUAG